AUGGUCAUCACCAAAAUGAGCGAGAUCUUGUCUGUUCUCAAUGUGUACUACCUGCUGGCUUCUCUGGCUGCGUUCUACCUUUUACGUGCUGUUGCCCGGAAAUAUUGGACGCAAAUAAGAGACGUACCAGGCCCUUUCUUUGCAUCAUUCUCGAGUCUCUGGCGAGUGUAUCAUAUAUGGAAAGGUCACAGUGAGAAGGAGAUUCUCAAGCUGCAUAAGGAGCAUGGUUAUUUCGUUCGAAUUGCGGACAAUGAAGUUAGUGUCUCGCACCCUGAUGCAGUUAAGCAACUACUGCAAGCAAAUAUCGAAAAGGGUUCUUUUUAUUCUAUGUUCAGUCUUCCAGACUAUCGCUAUAUCAACCAAAUGUCGGAGCUUGAGCCUACUCGGCAUAUUCAGAAGACUCGCAGCCUGUCUGCUGGCUUUUCACUGUCUAACAUCGCCAAAACAGAGCCUUAUAUUGACAAUGUUUUGAAGCUCUUCAUGACACGCUUUGACGAGCUGUGCGCGUCCGGCACUCCUGUCGAGUUCCAAAAUUGGUUCAGCUUCUUUGCGUUUGAUGUGCUUGGCGAAGUGACAUUCUCAAAGUCUUUUGGUUUUGUCCAGUCUGGUAUUGAUAUUCGGAACGCAAUCGCAAACACUGGAGCGUUAGUAUACUACAUCUCCGUCAUCGGAAACUAUUUGUGGUUCCAUCACCUCACAUUAGGAAAUCCCCUAUUCAGCCGACUUGGUCUGCAGCCUAGCUCUCAUAUAUUUGAUACCUGUCUUCUUGCGAUUGAAAGUCGAAAAAAGAAUCCGGAGGUCCGACAUGAUAUGAUGCAGCGAUGGCUAGAUGUUCGUGAAAAGCAACCCGACCGACUAACAGAAAACGACAUCUUUGGCGCGGCGGUAGCAAACAUUGGCGCUGGGGCAGAAACUGUGAGCGCUACUGCUCAAGCUGUGGUUUAUAAUUUGAUUCGCCUCCCGGAGCUUUUGAAGAAGGUAACCGAAGAGAUCGAUACGGCGCAGAUGCGUGGCGAACUGUCACAAGUGGUUCAAUUUAGUGAAGCAAUUAAGUUGCCAUUCCUACAAGCCUGUAUAAGAGAAUCUUACCGGAUUCAUCCCGGCGUUUCCCACAACCUUCCUCGAGUCGUACCCAAAGGUGGAAUAACAAUUGCAGGAAGAUAUUUUCCGCAGGGCGUUCUUCUGAGCGUAAACCCUUGGAUCAUACACCGCGAUCCCGAUAUUUUCGGAGAGGACAGCGAGAUAUUUAACCCAGACCGAUGGUUACAAGGCGAAACCAAGACGAUGGAUUUCUUCAUGAUCCAUUGGGGAGCCGGGUACAAUCAAUGUCCGGGCCGGCACUUAGCACAUUUCGAACUCACCAAAGUCCUUACUACCUUGUUUCGUGAUUAUGAUAUUGAAAAGAUCAAUCCCAAGGAAGAAUGGAAGUUUGAUACUCGUUUUCUUGCUGUCCCGUACGGAUGGCCGUGUCGGAUUCGCAAACGCCAGAGAAGCUAA